CCUGAUGCCUGAGGAGCUGCAGUCAAGCAGGGAUCGCUAACAUCUAAGACAGACUAUCGAACAGCACGUGCCAGAGGUGGAAGUCCAAGUUAAAUGCAAAAGGACCACCUCACUGAGAACCAAGAGCAUCAGUUAUACCCGAGGCCUUGUCAGCAGCAGCAAGCCCCUGUGGUGGAUUCCAGGCUGAACUGAAACAGGCAUUCUUAACGGAGACACUAAGAGGUUUGGAAGGGGCGGAGUUGAAAUGGCUGCGCCACCGUUGCCGAAGCAACGCCUUGAUUACUUCCGUUGGUUCAAUGCUUCCGGGUUGGCACUGCAGUAGCGUUUCCGACUGUGGGAGCCUCAGCUUCCUAGUCGUCCGUUGAGCCGGAGCAGCUGAGUCCCUUCCCUGUCUUUCACUCUUCUGGCAUCGGUGGUUUUACUUCUUCGAUUGAACCCUGCUUCCUCGACCCCCCUGGGAGGCCGCCUCCUUCAGGCGCCUCCCUUCUCUCCACGAGCUCGCUCUGACAGCUGAGGAACUGGCAAGAUCCUGCUACCCAGAGGGUGAAUGGGUAUCUUUCCCGGAAUAAUCCUAAUUUUUCUAAGGGUGAAGUUUGCAACGGCGGCCGUGAUUGUAAGCGGACACCAGAAAAGUACCACUGUAAGUCAUGAGAUGUCUGGUCUGAAUUGGAAACCCUUUGUAUAUGGCGGCCUUGCCUCUAUCGUGGCUGAGUUUGGAACUUUUCCUGUGGACCUUACCAAAACACGACUUCAGGUUCAAGGCCAAAGCAUUGAUGCCCGUUUCAAAGAGAUAAAGUAUAGAGGGAUGUUCCAUGCGCUGUUUCGCAUCUGUAAAGAGGAAGGUGUAUUGGCUCUCUAUUCAGGAAUUGCCCCGGCUUUACUAAGACAAGCAUCAUAUGGCACCAUUAAAAUUGGGAUUUACCAAAGCUUGAAGCGCUUAUUCGUAGAACGUUUAGAAGAUGAAACUCUUUUAAUUAAUAUGAUCUGUGGGGUAGUGUCAGGAGUGAUAUCUUCUACUAUAGCCAAUCCUACUGAUGUUCUAAAGAUUCGAAUGCAGGCUCAAGGCAGCUUGUUCCAAGGGAGCAUGAUUGGAAGCUUUAUUGACAUAUACCAACAGGAAGGCACCAGAGGUCUGUGGAGGGGUGUGGUUCCAACUGCUCAGCGUGCUGCCAUUGUUGUGGGAGUAGAGCUGCCAGUUUAUGAUAUUACUAAGAAGCACUUAAUAUUGUCAGGAAUGAUGGGAGACACCAUUUUGACUCACUUCGUUUCCAGCUUUACGUGUGGUUUGGCUGGGGCUCUGGCCUCCAACCCGGUUGAUGUGGUGCGAACUCGCAUGAUGAACCAGAGGGCAAUCGUGGGACAUGUGGAUCUCUAUAAGGGCACCGUUGAUGGUAUUUUAAAGAUGUGGAAACACGAGGGCUUUUUCGCACUCUAUAAAGGAUUUUGGCCAAACUGGCUUCGGCUUGGACCCUGGAACAUCAUUUUUUUUAUUACGUACGAGCAGCUCAAGAGGCUUCAAAUCUAAGGACUGAAUUAUGUGAGCCCAGCCCUCCCAGCGUUUCUACUCCUUUUCCCUUUUCCCAUGUUCUAAUGUAUUUUGACAAAGUUGUAAGUGUUUACCAAACCGUUGGUCUCCUAAGGGCCUCCUGAUGGAAGAACAGUAGGUGGUUCAAAGUUAUUUCUAUGUUUGUGUUACCAUGUUAACUUUUCCGUGAGAGAAAGUGUUAACAUUGAGACUCUGGCCCCAGAUUGGUAUCUUCUAUGAAGAUGGAUACUGAUGGGUGACCUUGAAAACGGCCUGCUUUCCAAAUGUGGUUAAAUGUAAUUGGUUAGCCCCAGACUUGGGCUAUGGCAGAAGGCAUAGGCCAGGGUGGUUAUUGCUAUUUGUGUUACAGACCUCGGUUCUCAUUAAAGUAUUUAUUGGCAGAA